AGUUGGAUUUCCAGUUUCCACUUCUCAUAUUGAUGGUCUUGAAAGUGCAUUUGGAUCCAAGACGUUUUCCAUCACCGAACCAAAUCAAGAGCCUCCGCUUCUAUCUCAGAGCAAUACAGGCAGCUUAAUAUCGUAUGACCUCAUUUCUGCAAAUUAAAUGAAAAAAGAAUCUUCUCUAACUUUCCAUGAAGCUCAGCUAUUUCCUGUUAAUUUUGACUGUUAGUGCUGAUCUUUCGAUUGGAUUUCCACUGAAAAAUGUGGCUUUUAACACGACGGUUGCUUUUGCGUCUUUCAAUGCAUCACUUCGUACAGUGUCUCAAGCAUUAGGAGGUUCUACAGCACACCAUGAUAUCAUAGCCAAAGAGGGGACCAAUAUUUUAAUUGAAUGUAAACUGAACAUCAGCCAGUAUGAAUAUAUUCUUUGGUAUAACUCCAGAGGACACCUGCUCAAACAGAAAGAUGAAGGUGGCCGGUGGAGGAUUGCUGAUAAUUCCCUCAACAUCACAAAGAUCAACUUUGCUGACCGGGGGCGAUACACAUGUGCAGGUGUUAAUCAUAAUGACACCUCGUAUUACACAGUCACCCUGAGGGUUAUCUUCACCUCAGGAGACAUGAGUACCUACUACAUGAUUGUGUGCCUCGUUGCCUUUGCCAUCACCCUCAUCUUAAACAUCACCCGUCUAUGCAUGAUGAGCAGCCACCUCCGCAAAACAGAGAAGGCUAUCAAUGACUUCUUCAGGACGGAAGGAGCUGAGAAGCUUCAGAAAGCUUUUGAGAUAGCCAAGCGCAUCCCUAUCAUCACAUCUGCCAAAACACUCGAGUUGGCCAAAGUCACUCAGUUUAAGACCAUGGAGUUUGCUCGGUACAUUGAAGAGCUUGCCAGAAGCAUUCCACUUCCACCUCUGAUCCUUAACUGCAGGGCGUUCAUGGAGGAGAUCUUUGAGGCUGUGCGAGUUGACGAUCCUGACGAAGCUGGCGAGGAGGAAAAACAGACCCAAGCCUGUGGCACCCAAGCUGCAAUAUACCCCAUCAACCCAGAGAUGAAGCGCAGCGAUUCACCAGCCGGGGAUUCGGAUGACGGCUCCAUGAGUGAGCAAGGGCAGGAGAUAGCUGUUCAGGUGUCCAUCCACCCACAGUCCGAAGUGCAGAGCAUCGACACUGUUUCUCACGACAGCUGCCAGUUUGUGCCUUCCGAGGAAGGCGCCUGCUGAGGCCAGCGGCGCGCUGCUGUGAGGGAUGCACGGGUGACCCUAGGGUGCCGCAAGAAAGGAGGCUGCAAAUAAGUUACCUCAGUCCCGUGUGGACAAAGGUUUUCCAAAUUGCAAGAUGCCAGAACUGCUACCGAAACCUGUAUUCUCUGUCAGUGUUCAUCUAACAAUUUCAAGUCUUAGAGAAGGCCAUUUGGAAUAUUGCACAGUGGCUUUUCUUUUUAAAGCAAGCUUGCUAUACUUAAAAUAUUUACGGAACAGGAAUUGUUUGUCCUUGGCUCCUUGUUAGCUUCUCAUACUUCUGAUCUGUAUUAAAAGUGGCCAAACUGAGCAGGACAACUUGCAAUAAAAUCUUUUUCUUUAUGAACCUUUUCUUCCUUCACGAAGUGGA